GAGACAUUGUUUUGGUAUUCGCCUGCCACUUAUAACUUGUUUAUAUUUAUUUGUAUGGCAAUUAUUGAAAUAAAACCAUCCGCAGCAUGUUAAAGCAGUGUCUUAUCAAUGUGGACUUCUCGCGACUGCAUGCAAAUCAGCAGCUGCGCCCAAAAUGCGGCGAGAUAUUUUACGAAAGCGACAACGAGUACUGCAGCUUCCAGUUGGUUUGUUGCCUGUGCGAAAUGAAACACUUUGCCUUUGACGAUUUCUCAAUGCACAUACGCAAUGUGCAUUUCGACAGCCAUGGAAAGCCGCGUACACAUGCGGCCACCGCGAUGGCGAAUGCAGACACCAUUGAUGUCCAGCAGCACCUCCAGCUGAUAAAUUCAACACCAAGGCCAUUGCCAGAAUUACGCGCCAGCGAAUGCAGCGAAGUUUUAUCAGAUAAUGGAUCAGAUGAUGAUGAUGACGUCGCUAAAGCAGUGACCAUUAAACCAUUGCGUGUCUGUGCCUUCAAUGAGGUCAAAUUGGAGCCAGCGUCGAUUGAAGCCAACGAAACUGCUGAAUGCGAAGACAGUUCCCAUAGUACAGACGAACUGGACACAGCCACAGAAGAUGCUCAUGGCUUUAGCGAUGGCGAUGACGAUGCUGAUAGCGAAAUGGAAAUGCAGUCUGUUUUUAAGAAAGAACGGCAACCCAAGGAGUAUAAAUGCAAAUACUGUGCUGGCAAAUACACAACGCUGAAAUACCUAAACAUACACCUUAAAAUGAGCCAUCCGCAUCCGAAGGGCUUUAAGUGCAAUGAUUGUGAUGCCGCCUUUGACGUGGAUCGAGCCUUGGAAACGCAUCGUCGCAAGGUGCAUACAGAGUUUACAUGCAACCUGUGCAACAAGGUCUACAAAAGUUCGCGCACGCUUUUACGCCAUGUCCAAGGCCACUCGGGUCUGCGAAAGUACAAAUGCGAGCACGAGAGCUGCGGCAAAUCCUUUGUCAGCCAGCACAAUCUCACCUCGCAUCGGCGCGUGCACAGCACGGAACGGAAUUACAUCUGCGAGCUGUGCGGCUAUCGUUCGCGCUACCGCGAUGCACUAAUUGUUCAUCGACGCACGCAUACCGGCGAGAAACCAUUCAAGUGCCAGACAUGCGAGCGGUGUUUUGCUUCCAAGUCGCUGCUCAAUGAGCACCAAGCUAUGCACUCAACGGAGCGACCAUACAAGUGCGAUAAAUGCGAGGCCGCAUUUUCGCGCCCCAAAGCACUCUACCACCACAAGCAUCUGCAUUUGGGCAUUAAAAAGUUUAAGUGCAAAAUCUGCGGCAAUGCUUAUGCCCAGGCAGCUGGUCUCUCGGCGCAUAUGCGCGGCCACAAAGCUCAGGCCGUCAGUGGCAUUGUCGAUGGUGGAUCAGCGAUGUUGUGUCCUCCCUAUUAGUAUCCGGAGCAGCCUGGGCUAGCUGUACAGCAUUUUGGAAUGUUACCGACCAGCACAAACUGUUUAGAGCCUAAAACUUAGUUAUCAUGUUAAUUAUCAUUAUAUUUAGUCCAACAGCAAGCAGUUGGGCGAUAAUUAAAACAAAAUCAAGUCUGGAAAUAUCUCUCGGUAGGUAAACCCUGCAGGGGUAUUACAAUUUUUGUAUAAAAUGUGCAACACACUUAACAAGGUAUCUUUUACCUUAUAAAGUAUUAUUUUUUAUAAGUAACAAUAGAUAAUAGCCAUGUCCAUUUGUCAUUUCUGUGCGAACUGGUUGAGGAAGUCUAAAAGACAUCAUCAAGCACUCCAACGUUUACCAUUCAUUCUUUUUCUGUUAAACUGAAGUUUUUUAGUUAACCCUAAUAGUUAAUAAACAAAUUUGGAUUCGCUUUAA